CAUACCAACGUGCAACGCAGCCGUGCACACUACCGCAGCGGUCGCCGCGAUCACGACCUUUCAAACCGCCCCGCAGCCCUCGCAAAGAAGCUCGUGGCGCCCGCCUUCCGGUGCCUCAGUCCCUGCCAGUAGCCACCCGACGCCGUCCGGCUGUUCCUCGUUCGCCCUCUCCCUCCCCCUAGCCCGCUUCUACCCGUACGGCUCCCCGUUCUCCCGUCCUGCCCGGCGCAGGCUGCAGCUGUUCCGUCAGCUGCCGCUCCUCCUCCCAGACGCAGAGCGCCGCUCUGCCCCGCCCCCCGCGCAGGCUGCCGUCCCUACAUCCGGGUACCGACUCUAGCCGCCUAGACGCUGGCACUAUGGUCAUGGCGGAGGGGACGGCAGUGCUGAGGCGGAACAGGCCGGGCACCAAGGCGCAGGAUUUCUAUAAUUGGCCUGAUGAAUCCUUUGAUGAAAUGGACAGUACACUAGCUGUUCAACAGUAUAUUCAACAGAACAUAAGAGCAGAUUGCUCCAAUAUUGACAAAAUUCUUGAACCACCUGAAGGCCAAGAUGAAGGUGUGUGGAAGUAUGAACAUUUAAGGCAGUUCUGCCUUGAGCUAAAUGGACUUGCUGUCAAACUUCAGAGUGAAUGCCAUCCAGAUACUUGCACUCAAAUGACAGCAACUGAACAAUGGAUUUUUCUUUGUGCAGCUCAUAAAACUCCAAAAGAGUGUCCUGCUAUAGACUAUACUAGACACACACUUGAUGGUGCUGCAUGUCUUCUGAAUAGCAAUAAAUAUUUUCCCAGCAGGGUUAGCAUAAAGGAAUCAUCUGUAGCGAAACUAGGAUCAGUAUGCCGUAGGAUUUACAGAAUAUUUUCACAUGCUUAUUUUCAUCAUCGGCAGAUAUUUGAUGAAUAUGAAAAUGAAACAUUUUUGUGUCAUCGGUUUACUAAGUUUGUGAUGAAAUACAAUUUGAUGUCCAAGGAUAACCUGAUUGUACCAAUUUUAGAAGAGGAAGUACAGAAUUCAGUUUCUGGGGAAAGUGAAGCAUGAAGGGAAUCAUAUAGAAAAAUGUACUGAUCAUAUAAUUAACAUUAUGUACUGUAUAUAUCAUUUUAGACACAUCAAUCAUGUAUCCAUCUUAUAGCUUCUUUGUUUAGUAUAGGUUUUUGUAUGCUGGGUUUGCCUUUUAAAAUGGGAAAUACUUUUUAAGUUAUUCAUAAGCUGUAUAUUCACCAGUGUGGCACUCUUGGUUUUUAAAUAAGAUUAGUAUUAUCUGUUUAUAAUGCCUGUUAAUAAAAGAAUUUACAGUUUGGUAAAAUUGCUGCUAAACAAUCAUUGGAUCACAAUCCUCAUCAGACAAACCCAUCUGUAAAAAAAAUGAGGGAGAGCUUGAGGUUUCACACAAGCCAUUUACUAAAGAGGUAGAAAUGUUUUCCAUUGGUUUUACCUUGAGUUUAGAUAUCCUAAAAAAUUCUGUAGUACAUAGUUUUGUCUUACCUGUUAACUUUCCCCAAUUGAGAUAAAAGUGUUUUAAAAUUCUGUUUACAGUUUUUGAUAUGCAUAUAUAAUUAUGUGUAUAUCUAAAUACAAAUGCAAAUGAAGCAUUAGUAAUACUUAAAUAAUUUUACUGUGCUACAUAAAGUAUAACAUACUUGGAAAGGAUUUACCUUUCUGCAACAACGGACUGGUACAUACAGGAUGAUCACAAUGGUAAGGCACAUAAAUUAUUUUCCCACUGGAAACCUGCCCUGUCCACCCCUUCUCAUUUACCUUAACCUUAUCUUCAAACUACUUUAGCUGAGAAGCUUUUCACCAGACUGAGUUAGUGGUGGCUUAUACCUAUUUAUAUUUGUAUUAAUUGCUUACAGAUUAUACCUCAUAUUAGCAAUUACAUUACACUACAAGAAAAUGUAUUUGCAUAGGCUCUUGCUUAUCUUUGUUUUGCAAAAUUGUUCUACUUAGAAAACAGUCCUUAAAAUAGUUUGACUCUUCCUGUUAGUAAUAUUAAUCUUUCAUUUAACCAGCUAGGCAGCAUUAAAUAGAAUUGAAGAAAUACCAUAGUAUUUAUUUUACACCCCCUCUCCCAUGAAGUUUAUGUUUGGAUUACAUGCAGUGUGAGAUUAUUUGCAGUAAUUCAUAGGUUCCAAGGGUGUUGAUGAAUAGUCAUACAUUUUUUUGGACUUUGUUAUAAUUCAUUGUGGUAAGAAUGAUUGAAAUGCAGAUUUAACAAUCUUAUAAUCUAUUGAAUGCCAUUUUUGAUAAAGCACUGGAGGUCUUAUUGCCAAACUGAUUGUAAUGAGGCAGUAAGGGUGAAAACAUUGUACAUGUUGUGAAGAAAGUAUUUAAAUCUAACUUCUGAACAGAUUUAACAAACAUGAGGAACUUCUUUUUUAUUUAGAAGGAUAAUUUUGAAAUGAAGAUGAAAAUGUAUUCAUCUUAAUUGUUUUUUCAAAUUUAAGGGAAUAAUUUAUACCAUCUUUUGAGACAAGAAUGUACAGCAGAAAUAAGGGGAACAGUAGUAUACUGAGAGUGUGUGUAUAUAUAGUGUAUGCCUUUCCAAGCUUGCCAGUCUUUUUGGCUUUGAACACUGCCCACCAGCUACAGUCAUUACUGUUCCCCAACCCACAACUAUCUUUUAAGAAGUCUUAGUUCACAGUGAAAGGAAUGAUGACUUUGAAAUUAUGGAUUUAUAUUAAUGGCACUAUAAACCAAUGGUAAUGGUAAUUUUUAAACUGCUAAAUAUUGAGAGACUAAACUACUAAGUUAAUAAAUUAUAUAUAGCAGUGUAGCUGUUCUCUCUAGAUGGUGUCUCACAAUGGAUUUCUGUUGCUUGACUAUUUUCUUAGUGAAUAUUUAUACUAAGGUAGUGACUGAGAUUUGGUGAUCUGGCUGAGUAUUUUGAAACACAUUUUGAAUAAUAUGGCUUAGUGUUAACGGGGACUUAAAUAUGAUUUUUUUUCUUACUCAUUUCACCUUCCCUGUACUGUAUGUUUGGAAUUGAUCAUAAAACAUCUCCAAAAGAAAA